GGCGUCGUCACUUCGCCCAGUAGGCUCCUCUCCUCUCGCGUACGACUACCAGAGUCCGUUCCGAUCGGUCCCGCCUGUUUUGUAGGAUCUUGGGCGUUUCAGCGACUGCUCCCCGAUCAUGUGUGAGUGCGUAUGGUUAGUGUGACUGAGCCAGAAGGAGGAUACAGCAGUAAGGCAACUGACGCAGGUCAACAGAAACGACAUGGCAAGCCCCAACGAGGCGCUGGCAUCCUCCGACAAUGCCAAUGACGUGGUGAUUCAGGCGGCAGGACCAUGGGGACGGUGGCAGGCGCGGCAGGCCGUGCUUCUGGCGCUGCUAAAGCUGCCCAUUGCCUGGUUCCAGCUCUCCACUCUCUUCCUCGCCCCCAAGCACCCCCAUUGGUGCGGGGAGGCGACAUCUGGCCUAGAGGCACCAGUGAUAGAAGCUGUGCCGAAUGUGGACGAAUGCCACUCCUUCAACUGGGACGCAAGUGUGGCUGAGCCGUGCAACCAUUGGGAGUACAACCGCACAGUUUUCCAGGAGACGAUCGUGAGCGAGUGGGAUUUGGUGUGCGGCAAGAGUGAUCUAACAAGUGUCGCCCAGAUGGUGCUCAUGUUCGGUGUUCUGGUCGGCAACAUAAUUUUUGGCGCUGCAGCAGACCGAUGGGGUCGGAGGACUCCGCUGCUCGUCGCUAUCGUCGUGCAGGCAGUCAUGGGCGUUAUCACCGCGUUCGCGCCCUUCCUGUCUGUCUUCAUGAUCCUGAGAUUCUUGGUGGCCGUUGCCACAGGUGGCACCAUGGUUGUCAGCUUCGUCAUCUGCAUGGAGGUGGUGGGAGGGCCAUGGCGCACCGUGGUACCCAUUCUGUACCAAAUCCCUUUUUCGCUCGGGGUGUUCUUCAUGGCCGGUGUUGCGUACUACCUGCGAAGCUGGCGUGACCUGCAACUCGCCCUCGGCCUAUGCUCCGUGCCCUUCGUUCUCUACUACUGGUUGAUUCCCGAGUCCCCGCGCUGGCUGCUAGCCGUGGGGCGCGACCAGGAAGCCAUCGCCAUCUUGGAGGAAGCGGCCAGGAUGAACGGCAUGGCUGAGGUGAACGUGAAGGCCCUGCUGCUGCAGUCCAGGGCUGCCAGGGCGGCGGCGGGCCGGUUGCCGCGCGACCAGGGUGCGGCCGCCCCCGUCAUCAGCGGGCUGCUGCGGACUCCGCGCCUCCGCCGCAUGACGCUGUGCCUCUUCGUCACGUGGUUCGUCACCGGCCUUGUCUUCUUCGGCUUCUCCGAGUUCCAGGGCCAGAUGGGCGGCGACAUCUUUGUGAAUGUGGCCAUAUCAGGUCUUAUCUCGGUGCCUGGCCCCGUGCUGUGCGCCGCGCUGGUCCGUGUGCUCGGGCGCCGCGCCGUGGUGCUCGGGUCACUGAUCACUUCCUCGGCAGCCACCCUGCUCAUCCUGGUCGUGCCCCCAGGGGUGCUCUGGGGACGCCCGCUACUCGCCGGGAUCUCCUUCUUGGGGCUGUCCGUCACCUUCGCCGCGCUCUACCUGUACUCAGGCGAGCUGCUGCCCACAGUCGUUCGAAACGUGGGCAUGGGCGCGUCCUCGAUGUGCGCGCGAGUGGGCUCCAUGCUGGCGCCCUUCGUGGUCUCCCAGCGAGUGCACGGGGACUCGGUGCCGCUGUUAGUGCUUGGGCUUCUCCCUCUCGUCGGCGCCGCCCUGCUCUUCCCGCUGCCCGAGACCAUGGACUGCGUUCUGCCCGAGUCGCUGCAGGACGGCGAAAACUUCUGCCGGAGGCGCGCGAAAGAGGACCUGCAAAACUCCAACUACAUACAGGUGCCUCUUAAAGACGUAACGCUCACCGAAGAAGGCUGACUAAUAUCAAAGAGUAUUAAUUAGUUUCUACACACUGGUAUUAUU